AUGUCAGACUUAUUUGAAACAUACGAAUCGGAUUUCCAGUUGGCUCUCCAAGAAGCCAAGGCCAAGAUCGGCAGCGUCCAGCUGAGCAGCGCCGGCCUGCGCAAAGACGCCCUCCAGGCCAUUGAACACGCCACAGACGAAGCCUUAGAGAUCUUGGACCAAAUGAACCUCGAGAUCCAGAGCCUUCCAGCCAAUCAGAGACUGAGCUACAACGCCAAAGUCAGACAAUACAGAAGUGAAGUCGAAGGCAACAAGCAGAAGCUCAAGGAGCUUUUGGACGAAGAAGACAGACUGGAGCUUUUUGGCAGCAGGUACACAGACAACGAAGAAGAAAGCUCCCAAAGAAAACAACUACUUAGCAACAAUGCCUCUUUGGACAGACUGACCCAGCGUCUCCAAGAAUCGCAGCGUGUAGCACUUGAAACUGAGGGUAUUGGUGGAAACAUCUUGAAUGACUUGAGAGCACAGAGAGAGCAGAUUCUGAAUGCUCGUAGCACGUUGCUGACUGCUGACAAUUACGUGGAUAGAUCGGUGCAGACGUUGAAGCUGAUGAGCCGGAGACUUGUGGCGAACAAGUUUAUUUCGUAUGCGAUCAUUGCGGUGUUGAUUAUUCUAAUAUUCUUGGUUCUUGCCAGUAAGUUUUGGUAA